CAUUUAUUCUACAUGUUUCCUGAGCUGGAGGAGGGAGGUUUGGCAACAUAUAGGGCAGCCCUGGUACAGAACCAGCACCUGUCUGUACUAGCCAAGAAGAUCCAGCUGCACAAGUUCAUGUUGUAUGCUCAUGGUCCUGAUCUGUGUAGAGACUCGGCCAUGAAACACGCCAUGGCUAACUGCUUUGAGGCUCUGUUAGGUGCUCUGUUAAUUGACUCCAGUAUAGAGGUAGCUGAUAGAAUAGUAGCCAACACACUAUUUGCAGACGACCCCAAGAGGUAUCAAGUGUGGACCAAUCUUCCUCUACAUCCAUUACAGGAUGAUGAGCCAAAUGGUGACAGGCACUGGAUUGAAAAAAGUCCUGUUUUGCAGAAGCUGACCAAAUUUGAAGAGAACACGGGGAUAAAGUUCAGCAACAUUCGUAUCUUGGCCAAAUGUUUCACCACCAAGAGGGUGCCAUACAACAACCUUACCAUGGGUAACAACCAGAGACUCGAGUUGCUAGGAGACACCAUCAUGAAUCUCAUUGCUGCGGAAUAUCUGUACAAACAUUUCCCAGGCCACCAUGAAGGACACUUGUCACUGCUGCGUAGUUCUCUGGUGAACAACCACAACCAGGCUCUGGUGGCUGAGGAGCUGGGAAUGCUGGAAUACCUCAACUUGGGACCAGAGGAUGGGAGGAGAAAGCCUGUAGAGCUCAAAACUAAGGGGAAGGCUGACACUCUGGAAGCUUUUGUUGGUGCUCUGUAUGUUGACAAGGACUUGCAGCAUUGUGAAGUUUUCUGUCAAGUCUGCUUCUUCCCAAGGCUCACGCAAUUCAUCUUGAACCAAGAAUGGAAUGAUCCCAAGUCUCAGUUACAGCAGUGCUGUCUGACACUGAGAGAACUGAACCAAGGAGAGCCAGACAGACCAGUCUACAAGACCCUAGGUGCGUCAGGUGCUACUAAUACAAGGCAGUACCAGGUGGCUGUGUACUUCAGAGGUCAGAGGUUAGCCAGAGGGACUGGCCAGAGUAUCAGGCUGGCUGAGAUGGCAGCUGCUAGGAAUGCUUUGGAAGAAAAAGCAGAUAUGUUUCCCCAGCUGGAGUUUCAGAAGAAAUUCAUUGAGGGUAAAUAUGACAGGAGACUGCGAGAUGCGAUCAAGUUAGAUGAACAAGACGAUGUCUUUAAGAACUAUUCCCGUUUUGUUGAGUCUUAUACGCAAGACAAACUGGUUGUGGAGGAAGAAAAUUCCAACCUACCAAUGGGCUAUCGGGAGCCAAAUGAAGUAACAAAAGACGAGAAAAGUAAAGUUCGAAGCAAGAAGAAAUCAAAGAGUGCAACUGAAUAAUGAUAUUAAUUCUACAAAUUAGUAGAGAAAAUAGGUUUAAAUUGUGUUGUACCUUUGUAAAAAUGUGAAGCUUCUACUGCAACGAGCUUCUCAUUGGUUUAUAAAUUUUGUUACCAGAAAAGGAAAUUUCUUUGUGAAACAGGUGAAAUAUCUAUUUGAAUUUUAUUUAUAUCUAUUAUACACAAUUGUGUCACCUCUUGAGAAAUAUUUUUGAAAAUCUUUACCCUGGUGCAAUAUAAACAAAACAGAUUUUUGCAUUUUAUU